AUGGAGCGCCGAACGUACGAAAGUCCCAUGGAAUGGGAGUAUCAAGAUCGAGGCCCUCUGGAUGCCACUAGCCCAUUUUCUCAUGUUGCAAAGAGCAACACUCAGAACAGCUUCAGCUCGCCCAACAAAUUUGCAAGUUCCAAGCCGAAUCCCUUCUCCAGCCCUUCCAAACCGACCCUAUUCGCGGGCACCCCUUCGAAGCGCCCUCCACCCCCACCGCAGAUCUCUCUCUUCUCCCCCAGCAUACAGAGCAGCAACACAGCGUCGGCGUUCCGAAACCCGGCCUUCACUACCCCACGCAAACCGUUCGACGAGAGUUUAAUGUCGGAAGCUUCAGGCGCAGAAACGAGUCCCGCUCUGACGGAAAAUUCGGAACUUCCAGAUGACACUCCUGACGUUGACCGAUACGGAGACACAAGCAUGGGUACCAUUACUCCUUCUAAAGUCGACAAAAGCUUUCGCUACGGCAAGGCUGGUCUCCAGUCAUUGAAGCGUCAUGCACCAGGUAGAGGAGAGAUACCCAGGAGUGCACGAGAGUACCCCGCUAUAAGGAAGCGGAAGCGACACAACCUGGACAAAGACGUCGGAAGCGUACGGUAUCACGCAUCACAGGAUUGGGAUGACUCGCAGGACGACUCGGACGAUUACGGAUCUCGCUUGGCGGCUGCUCGCGGCGCUAAGGGUAGCAAGAAGAGGAAGAACGGUCGCGGCUGGAUCAGCAACCUAUUCCACACUCUGGAGGAACACCCGAACGCACCAGAGAACCUCUACCGCUGGAUCCAGCUUCUCGUCAAUUGCAUCAUUGUCUCGGCCUUUGUCUUCUUCUGCUGGUCCAUCUUAGAUACGGUUCGGUCGGAUAUCCGGACCGCCAACGACGCGGCUCGUUUGGAAAUCGAGAACAGGAUGGCUGAAUGCCAGACAGAAUACCGGCUGAACGAAUGCGCCAAAAAGGACCGGCCUGCGUUGAAGGCAAUGUGCGACGAGUGGGCUGAGUGCAUGAUCCAGGACCCCUCUGCGAUCAUGAGAGUUCGAGUCACCGUUAAGCAAAUCGCGGAAAUCAUGAACGAGUUCGCUGGUGCCAUGCAAAUCAAGGCCUGGGUGUUCUUCUUCGGCAUACUUCUCUUGUGUAUCCUCGCCAACAAUCUGACGCUGGGUCGUAUGGCGAACAAUGCCGGUCCCACCCACCCGGCGCCGUCGCACCGCGCUGCGUCUGGGCCCGCUCCAGAGCCGUCGGUGAUCCCGGAACCAUCUCAGGCGUACAUGUGGGUUCCAAUUCAAACACCGUCGCACCGCCGCCACAUUCAGUAUGACAACGACGACACCGAUACGGACGCAUCGCCGCCGAAAAUGAAGUCGAUCAUGCCGCCUCGCACGCCGUCCGGACGUCGUAGUCCAAGUAAGAGCGAUCGGGAUCGAUUGCGGAGCCCGACUAAGUAUGGAGGACUCAGCCCCAUCAAGGGUUACUAA